AUGGCUGGGCGCAGAGCACUGCUGGAUGGGCCCCUGAUGUGCCCUGAAUCUCACGCCUCACGGAGCGGAGCCCUGCUGUGUCUAAUUCCUCCUGACAUGAUCCCAAACAACAGAACACUGAGCCACGGCUCCACGGCUGAGGUCCCAGAUUCACCCGUACUUCAUGACUACGCGGAGAAGGAGAGGACGACGACCAUGGCCAAGGCCUUGGAGGACCUGAAGGCCAACUUCUACUGUGAUCUGUGUGACAAGCAGUACUACAAGCAUCAGGAGUUUGACAACCACAUUAACUCUUAUGACCAUGCUCACAAACAGAGGCUGAAGGAGCUGAAGCAGAGAGAGUUUGCCCGGAACGUGGCCUCUAAGACCAGGAAGGAUGCGCGGAAACAGGAGAGAGCACUCCGGAGGAUACAUGAGCUGGCCGAACAACGCAGAGAGGUCCAUUGCGCUCCAGGCAGUGGCCCCAAGUUCAAGUCCACUACGGUGGCAGUGGAGGGCAGUUUCAGAGACAGCUGUACCGAUGGACCUUCAGAGGAGUCCAACAACCCCACAGUUCUGGAGACAGGAACCCACAACCACACCAGCACCGGCACCGGCCUGGCCACCAACAGCAAGACCCAGAAAACACUAUACUGGCCUUACACGGGAAAGGCCAAGAAACAAACUUACAACAGGCACAAAAUAGCAUUCUCAUUCUCCUUCCCAAAGAAAGCAUCCAUGAAGCUGAAAUCUUCGGCCGCCGCGUUCUGUGACAACACAGAGGAGGGUUCCAAAGAAUGCGUCAGAAGACAGAAGCUCAGAAUGCCCCUUGUUGAGUUGAACAUUCUGGACUCUCCUACUGCAGAGGAAAAGGGACUGGGUCAUGGGACUGUGGAGGCUAUUGACACUCAGCCUGGUGAUCUCAGCCCAAACAGCGUUAGUUUUAGUGAGUGGAGCCAGAGGUCAUCAGAUGCACUAGCCAGGUCUGACAUCCCGGUGCCGCCACAGUGCUCACAUUUGUGUUCUGUGCUAGUUAACUCUGAGGAUAUGGCCAGACCUUAUGUGUCCUCCGUCUCCCAAUUACCUGCAUUCCCAGGCAACCCAGACACAGUACUAGAUAGACCGAACUCUGAGGAAACACAGAGAAACAGCCCAACAGGGGCCGAGCCGGAAUUAAGCAAACUCCAACAAGAUCAUAAAAUAGAGGAGAGUGUCUGUGGGGAAGAGGACUCCUCCAUUAGCAGUUUCUCUUCUGAGGUCGUCUCCGGUUCUGAUGGUCCCCCUGAGAACGGCUCCUCCUCUCAAUCCUCUCAGUGUCCUGGGACUGCGAGAGAGGAACAGAAAGGAGAAGACAUUACGGUGGUGGUGAAGGCCCUGUCUUUCACCAAGCCCAGCCAGCCCUUCUUCUCUGUGCUCAGCAGAGAUGGAAACACUGUUCUCCAGUGGCCUACAGAGAUGUUGACCUUCACCAGGACAGAGCCCUGUCUCUCCUACAGCUGCAACCCCCUCCAUUUUGACUUUAGGGCCUCACAGCAAUGGCAGAGCAGGGCGAAGGUUAGUGUUGGUGACAGUCAGAGUAAUUUAUCUGUGGCUUUGUGUAUCAGCUCAACCUCUGUCUGCGCUGAGGAACCAACAGAUGUUGACAACAAGCACAACAACAAGGCCUGCUCUGGCCCAAACCAUCAGAGCCCUAUCAGAGACGGCAGGGAGGCAGUGAAGAGGAAGGAUUGUCUCAUAUGUGAGCACCACACGAGUGACACAGACACAGAAAGUUGCAGCUUGCGACUUAAGAGACACAGCAGUGGCGGAUAUAGUAGGCACUCAAAAGGUAGGACUCAAUCUGAGAAAAGAGCAGCAGGUGGCGAGAAAUGGAAAUCCAGAGACAGGCGCCAUUAUAGGAGCCACAAGAAGAAGGGGAGGAGGAGGAGGAAGAGGGGGAUGAGAGGAGGGGGUGAGGAAGAAGAGGAGCACCACAGAGAGAGGGAGACGGAUGGAGGGUUGGAGAGCAAUACAGAGAAAUGCAACACAUUUCAGAGACGGUCUGAGUGUUGGGAAGGACUUGAUUGCCAAUUUAGAGUCCCCACUUCACAGCAAGUGCAGCCAUUAGAGAAGUCAAAGCAAUCGGCUGAGGACAGCGGCUGCGCUGCUCCCUUUGCCGCGGAGGACAGGGAGAGGGAGAGGGAGAGGGAGAGAGAGAGGGAGAGGGAGAGGGAGAGGGAGAGGGAGAGGAAGAGGGAGAGGGAGAGGGAGAGGGAGCGGGUUGUGGAGAGGGAGGAAGAGAGGAGAAGACAGGAAACAGCAGGCAGAGUAAACGGCUCAGCGGGCAGCCUCAGCCUCUCGGAUGAAAAGGUGUUUGGGAAGAGCGUCAGGAGAGACCCGGUCCAUCCAUCAACAGAACAGAGAAACACUGCAGGGCAUGGCUCAAAGAGCUCCCAGAGUCACAACGACACCCCUUGCCCUGAGAAACCUCCUGGGGUUGUUAGACAAAACCCAAGCAGAGUGAUGACUGUCACGGCACCAGAGAGCUUAGUCACCGUUACCCCAAAACUAAGCAUGGCCCUUUCACCCGAGAGGCUUGGUGAAGACUUGUGUGAGCGCAGGGUCCGGAAACGGAAAAGGACAGCAUCAAUGUCUCUGGCUGAUAAGGAGCAGGGCCUUGACCUCCAGGGUCCAUGCACUCAGUGUCACAAUGCUCUCAUCUCAGACCCUCCUGUAGGUCACAAUGUUCACAUCUCAGACCCUCCUGUAGGUCACAAUGAUCUCAUCUCAGACCCUCCUGUAGGUCACAAUGAUCUCAUCUCAGACCCUCCUGUAGGUCACAAUGUUCACAUCUCAGACCCUCCUGUAGGUCACAAAGCUCUCAUCUCAGACCCUCCUAUGUUUCACAGACAGAAAACCAGUCAGCACAGUCCCCAGAGCCACCCCACCCACCAGGAGUGCCACAGCCCCCAGCAUACCCAGAUUCAGAGGUUUCAUCUUGGGGUUAGGGUUCAGGACGAGAGAGGGUUCAUGGAGAGCCUGAGACCUGGCGGUACUAACGUUACAGCUGGCCCCUACCACAAUCACCGACCGCCAUGUUUCCAUCCGCUGCACCUGUCUGACGGCAUAGAGAAACACCACUGUCUCGUUCAGAUCCAGACCCACAGGCACGUCCUCCACCACCAUCAGCAACAUCAGGUGUUCCCUGGAAAGAUGAAGCAAGUUCUGUCUGGGUCUCCUGUUGCGGUGUCCACCUCCUGUCCUCCCAUGCUCCACCCCGUCCACCUGUCUCCAUCCCCCAUGCCGCCCAUGUCCCCCAUGCCAACCAGGUCCAUCACUAUCCGACACACCAUUCUACAUCACCAACAUCACCACCGUGCAGCCUUCCUCCCUACUCACCCCCAACCAACUCUCUUACCCCAUGUUCUUCCUGUCCCAGUCAGCAGCCUGCCUAUUGGGGCAGAAAUGUGUCCCUCUGGCCCCUACCCACCUCCUUUUGUGACCUCACCACCACAACUCUCGGUAAUGGCCCCGCCCAGUUUACACCACCACCCAAUGGCGGUGACAUUCCACGCCAUGCCCCGUCCAGCCAUGUUCCCCUCCAUGCUGCAGCCACACCCACAUCCCACUGUCAUCCCUCUACAGCCCAUGUUUUGA